CUGCAGUCAGUUUACUUUCGCGCUUUUAACUUGUCUCUAUUUCAGUUGAGUCGGUUGUAGAUCUCAGGACAACUCACAAGUCUAUGUUCGUUGGGGAAAGAAUUCGUGGAACAAGUAAUGAUUUUGUAAAUCACACUUGAAUAGUCAACAUUAUUUCUGCCCCUCAAUUGGAUUGAAAGGAAUAGGGGUCAAAGCUUGUUCCUACUAUUUUAUUGCAUUUUUGAUUGAAUAACCCAUCUGGGAAUUUGAAUUCAAACACAUCAUGGCACCCACCAAACCUUCAGGCAUUACUCAGAUGGUAACAAGAAUGAGGGCUGCUGCGAACCCCAGAGCUACUGCGAAUCCAUCUAAAGCUGUAGCUGAAAACAACAGCCUCGUCAACAAGAAGAGGAAAGCUGAGACGGUCUUGACUUCAGAUAACAAGAAGCGUUCAGCUUUGGGAGACCUUACUAAUGCUAACAGCAAACUUCAAGAUGCCAAGAAAGCUGCCAAGGCAGCAAAGGUCUCAUCUCUUACUAAUAGCACUAAUCUUGCUAGGCCUCAAUUGUCACGCCCUUCAACUAAAGCACUUACCUUGAAUGUAGUCAAAGAGGAUGUUAAAGUACCUGAGCAGAUUGAUUCAGAGGCAACUAUUUACUUCUCUCCUGAGAAUGCCAAGCCAAAGAGGAAGCUUCCUCCCAAUGUUGAAGAUUUUGACAGUGAGUGUGGAACUGAUCCUUUCCAGACACCUCAGUAUGCCCAAGAUAUCUUCCUUUACUUUAAGCAACGCGAGGUAACAGUCUUCAACUUUGCGCCCAAAAAGAAUGUUCCUAACACCUGUUGUUCAUUUCGUUUUCAGUUGAAAUUUAUUCCUCGUCGUUACAUGGACCAGCAGACAGAGCUAACUUGCGACAUGCGAGCAGUUUUGGUCGACUGGCUGGUGGAAGUGCAAGAAAGUUUCGAACUCAAUCACGAAACUCUUUAUUCUGCUGUGCGUCUCGUUGAUCUCUACCUCUCUCACACUACCGUCAAUAAGGAAAAUCUCCAGUUAGUCGGAACCACUGCCAUGCUUAUUAGCUCAAAAUUUGAAGAACGUUGCCCACCAUGUGUCGAUGAUUUCCUCUACAUUUGUGAUGAUGCCUACACCCGUAGAGAUCUUAUCAAGAUGGAGAUGAGCAUUCUCAAAGCAGUCGAUUUCGAUAUUGGCCUCCCAUUGUCCUACAGUUUCCUUCGUCGCUACGCUAGAGUAAGCAAGGCUAGCAUGGAGACUUUAACACUGGCACGUUUCAUCCUCGAAACAUCACUGAUGGAGUAUGACUUGAUAAACGUCAAGGACUCCCUUAUGGCCGCUUCCGCCCUUAUGAUGGCCUUCCAGAUGCAGAACUCUGGUGAAUGGACGCCGACACUGGAGUACUAUAGCAGUUUUACUAAGGCAGAACUUCGCGAAACAACCUGCCGCCUACAUGCUAUGCUGAUCAAGCUGCAGUCAAAAAAUCUUAAGACCAUCCGUAAUAAGUACUCUCACAAAGUCUUUUAUGAAGUUGCCAAGAUUGCUCUUCCUGCUGAAAUGGAAUUUUAAAAUUCGUGACUUGCUCAUAUAAGAAACUGCCAUCGCGCGACUCUUGGAUUUCCUUGAUUUUUUUUUUUUCGAUUUGGCGUCAUUGUUAUUUCCUGAAAUUUAUUGAUUCCUGUGCUUACAUUCAUUUGUCUUUCCUUUUCUGUUCUUCUUCUACCUUUUCUGUCUGUCAUCUGUCAAUCUAAUUUUUUUACACGAUUCCAACUACCAACCAAUGACGAGUAGCGUAUUCCAAAAAACUUAAAUAAGAAAAGGUAAAAAAUAAGUUUUUUUUUUCCGUUUUUAUCGAUAACUAAUUAACUAUUAUUAUAGAUCUUGAUUAAAUUUCCUACUACUAGAUAAGAAAAUUGAAUAGUCCCAACCGUACACAUGCAUAUACACACACACCGUACACGAGCACACAGUCCUCUGUAAUUCAUCCCCCCUCCCUCCAAAUACACUGGAACGUUGGAGAAAGAA